AUGGAAUCAGGAAACCAAACAACAGUUACAGAAUUCCUCCUGCUGGGCCUCUCAGAUGAACCUGAACUUCAGCCUCUCCUCUUUGGACUCUUCCUGUGCAUGUACCUGGUAACUGUGCUUGGGAAUCUGCUCAUCAUCCUGGCCAUCAUCUUAGAUCCCCACCUCCACACCCCCAUGUAUUUAUUCCUGGCCAACCUGUCGUUUGCUGAUAUCUGUUCAAUCACCACUACAACCCCAAAGAUGUUGGUGAACAUCCAGACACAGAGAAAAGACAUUUCUUACAUAGGGUGCGUUACUCAGGUGUAUUUCUUCAUGAUUUUUGUUGGACUGGAAAAUUUUCUUCUGACUGUAAUGGCCUAUGAUAGGUAUGUGGCCAUUUGUUACCCCCUACACUACACAGUCAUCAUGAACCCCCAGCUCUGUGGCUUACUAGUUCUGAUAUCUUGGUUCAUUGUUUUCUGGAUAUCCCUGAUUCAUACUGUACUUAUGAUAAAGUUGAACUUCUGUAUAGGCACUGAAAUUCCACAUUUCUUCUGUGAACUGACUCAGAUGAUCAAGGUGGCCUGUUCUGAUACCCUCAUCAUUAACAUCGUCAUGUAUGUGAUGACAACAAUACUGGGUGUGUUUCCCCUCACUGGGAUCUUAUUCUCUUACUUUCAGAUAGUCUCAUCCUUAAUGAGAAAGUUCGCUGCUGGGGGCAAUUAUAAGGCAUUUUCCACCUGUGGGUCUCACCUCUCUGUGGUCUCCUUGUUCUAUGGGACAAGCAUUGGGGUCUACCUCAGUUCUGCUGUGACGCAUUCUUCACAGAGAAUCUCCAUGGCCUCAGUGAUGUACACUGUGGUCACACCCAUGCUGAAUCCCUUCAUCUACAGCCUAAGGAAUAAGGACAUGAAGGGAGCCCUGGGUAGGCUCUUCAGUAGAGCAGAGUCUUGCCCAUGA